AUGAUAUUUGUCUUCAGCCCAAACUGUUCAUCUCUUGAUAUAGAGAUGAUGACAUACAAUGCAGGUGUAUGAUUCUGGACCAAAACACGAUGACUCAUUCUCACUGAAAAAUCUAAUUGCCUGCUAAAGGCAUCAGGGGCUGUAUUUCCGCCCACCCCACCCUCUAGCCUCACUACUCUAAACCCCAAACUCCACCAUCAUUACUGUAUUUAACACACACACACACAUAUAUUUAUCCAUAUUUAUUGUUUUUUUUUAUCGUACAAGCUUCGGCAGCUCUGCAGUUGGCCCCAGCACACGCGCACGCACACACACACGCACACACACACACAUACACGCAAACCUGCCUACAUACACACUCGCUUAUAAAUACUUCACUAUCGUACUCUUCGCACAAACACACACAACAUUUUUAAAAGAAGCCAGCCAGUCACUCUCUCUUCCUCACAGACAAAGCAAAACAACUCCCACAGCCUCCAAUAACAGCGUUUAAGACUCUCUUCAAUUCGGCAGCAGACAGGAACUUUUGUCAACACAUCGAACGUCCUGCCUCUGUUUUGAUCACCAACGGAGAUUCCUAAAAGGGGAAACCAUUUUAAUUAUUUUGGAAUUUGCUCAACUGAAGAAUGUUUGCACGAGUGUGUUUGCUAUUAUCAUGGAUUUCUGCAGCUGUUGGUUUUGAUAUUGUCUACAAUACUGAUGAACAUGAAACAUCCAACAUUUUCAUCGGGGAUAUUGCAGCUAAUGCUUCUAAGUUACUCAGGAGUACCACACCAGAGGCACUAACAUUCAGUGUUUUGAAAAACAAAGAAAAUUCUGAUUUAUUCAUUGUCACCAAAGAAGGGAAACUUUACACUGCUCAGCCCCUGGAUGCUGAAUCUUUGUGUUUAUAUGAACUUGAGUGUUAUAGAACAUUAGAAGUUGCUGUUCAGACUAAGAAAUCAUAUAUUAAAAUCUUAGACAUAAAGAUUACUAUAAAUGAUGUGAAUGAUAAUGCACCAACAUUUCCUUCCAAACAUAUUAGUCUCCAAUUCUCCGAAAGAGAGAGUGAAGGAGCAAAAAUACCAGUCCCAGCUGCUAGAGACAGAGAUGUCAGUGAACAGAAUUCUUUGAUUAGUUAUGAAUUCAAAGAAAAUUUCAAAGAACCUUUCCAGUUAUCGGUUUCUAAAGGACAUGGUGGGAAUUCUAGGCUUGCUGUCAUUCUAAUGGAAGAAUUAGAUCGAGAAAUGAAAGACACUUACUUUGUACAAGUGAUUGCUAAAGAUGGAGGCUCUCCACCAAAAGUAGGUGUUUUAAAUGUUGAGAUAAUUGUCACAGAUGAAAAUGAUAAUGCACCAAUAUUUACUCAAAAUACCUAUAAUAUUUCACUAAACAAUACACAUCAAACAGACAAACCCAUUGUUAGGUUACAAGCAAGUGAUAUUGACGCUGGAAGAAAUGGAAAAAUUUCUUACCAUUUUCAUCCCAAAACCACACCGUUGGCCAAAUUGCAUUUCAAGGUAAACAUGACAACAGGAGAAGUAUUCUUGUCAAAUGAUAUCUCAUUUAAUAUGAAACACAAGUAUUUGCUGUAUAUUGAUGCCAAAGAUGAUGGUAGUCCAUCACUGAGUUCAACAGCCAUUCUACAAGUCAACAUUGAAAAUCAGGAUAACUUGAGCCCAAGUAUAGAACUCAACUUCUUUUCACAGACAAAUGAAGACACGGCCAGCAUUUCUGAAGAUGUUGAUAUUAGUAGCUUUGUAGCAUAUGUGAAGGUUAUUGACAAUGAUAUUGGAAACAAUGGACAAGUAAGCUGUCAACUGGAACAUGAUAAAUUUAUUCUUCAACCACUGGAUGAUAAGAAAUAUAAAAUAGUUGUGAAGAAUACCAUAGACAGGGAAGUAAACAACUACAUUAAUUUUAACAUAUCUUGUCAAGACAGAGGCACUCCUCCAAAGACAGCUGUUAGAAAAAUUUCUAUACAAGUGACAGAUAUCAACGAUGUAAAGCCUCAGUUCAGUCAGGAAAGUUUUCAGUUUUUUACAUAUGAAAAUGGAGAACCAGACUUUCCAAUUGGUCUAAUCAAUGCCACCGAUCCAGAUCUGGGAGCAGGAGGUCAACUGACAUAUUAUCUCAUGAAUUCUACUGAAAAUUUACUUCCUUUUAAGAUUUCACACUUUGGAUAUAUCACAACAACACAGUCACUGGAUAGAGAGAAACAAGACAGAUAUCGAUUGGCAGUUGUAGUCAAAGAUAAUGGGACACCCCCAUUGAAAAAUACAGCAAACGUCAUUGUUGAAAUUAUGGAUAAAAAUGAUAAUGUUCCAUAUUUCACUUUUCCUGGAGUUGAUCCAUUCCAUCUUAAAGUCCAUUACCAUCCUCAAAGACAAAAAGCCAUCACAACUCUCAGAGCAUACGACAGAGAUAGUCAGUUGAAUGCUUUCCUUCAAUAUGAAAUACUUGAGGGCAAUGACAAGAAGUUAUUUUCCCUUGACAUGUACUCUGGAGUUUUAUCUUUUUCUCGCCCUGUUUACAGAGUUGAUGCUGGUUUCUAUAAACUGAAUUUAUCUGUUAAAGAUAGUGGCACUCCAGUUUUGUCAACAACAACUUCAUUAACUUUGAAACUGACAGUCAGCAAUAGUACUUCCAAAUUUUCAACAAGUCUUCACAAACUGUCAACCAAAGAAAUACCCAUCAAUGUGAUGGUUAUUAUAUUAGUAGCAGCAGUUAUUGUAUCUAUAACUAUAGUGGUCUCCAUAACAGUGUGCAUUGUGAGGAGAAACCACCGGAGAGAAAUCCUUUACUGUGAAAGGCGAGAACAAGGUCAGAAAUUCACGAAUGAAAGAAGACAGUCUGAGUAUAGAUGUAACCCAAUGCCUCCUCAAAGUGACAGUCAAGAAGUAAUGUUAACAACACACCCAGGAAUUAAUACUGCAGUUUCUCAGGCAACAAUAUCGAGAAAGGAACUUUACCCUCAAUCAUCACAGAAAUGUUCUACAUUGCCUUUCAAUCGACAUAACAUCUGCCAUGGAACCACUCAGAUGCCUUUACAUCAAACAAUGACAAUGCCCAGAGACUUCCAAGGAAGAGAAGAGAUGAUUAUAUCAACAAAUUCUUUAAAUGAAAAGCCCAACAGAUCUUGUGAUACACAUGACUCUAGUUACAAUGAGUGGAACACAGUUCUCUGUGAAAAGUUACCAGGCUGUCAAGACAAUACAGACAUUAAGUUGUCUAGCCCACCUUUACACCCAAAAAGUGACGACAUUUCUUCCGAGGGCUGCUCGUUUGUAAAUAAAACUACCAAUCAAUCUACUGCUGAUAUCAUUGAUUUGAAACUUGGAAGAAUUAAUACGACAGACCCUCCCUUGUCACAGAAAACUUGGAAUUUACCAAUGAAAAACAGUUUUAAUUGUUAUUCUAGACCACUACCACCAAUACCAAAGACAUGAACAAGUUUGCUUCUCUCCAAAAAAGCAAUUUACUAAUAUGGAGAUAUGAAGAGCUAACUGCAAGUGGAUAUUUAUACAAAAGGAUAUUCCAUAAAGAUAUUCCACAAAAGGAUAUUUCACAAAAGGUCACUUUACACCAAAAUGAUGUUUAUAUGUGUAUGAAUCAUCAUCACAAUGUUAUGAAAAUAAUUAAUAUAUUUUUAUAAUAAAAUAUCGCAUGAGAAAAAAGAAGCAUGUUUGGGCACAGGUUAAUAGAUACAGAUACACAUGCUUGGAUAAAUACAUGACCCACACCCACACAUACAUAUGCAUAUCACACACACGUUCACAUUUGUGGUCAUAUAUACAUAUGUCUGCAUACACACACGUACACAUGCACAUACACACAAGCUUGUCCACACACACAUACACACAUACUUGUGGUCAUAAACAUAUGUCCACACACACACACACAUACUUGUGGUUACAUAUACACAUGACCACAUACACAUAUACACCACUUCCUCAAAGUAUUGUAUUUGUUGGUAUCUAAGACACACCAAAACAGCAUUUUUUGGUGAAUUUUUCGGGGUUUUUUUUAGGUUUUCUUUUUGUAUUUUUUUUUAAUACUUUUAUGGUAGACUCAGAAAAUUUUCAUGACCCGUCAUGUAAAAUAUAGUCGACCAUGAGGCUACAUUGUUGGAAAAAGUCAAAGGCUUCCUUCUAUGCCAACAAAUAUAGUAAUAUUUUGGUGAGUUCUUUUGUAUGAUAUCACUUUAUUUUAAAGACGGUCCUCUUCUCAUAUCACUAUGUCCAUGAAUGCUAUGAAUGUAAUUUUAUAGUAUAAUAGUAUACUAUUAUACUAUAGUAUAAUAGUAUAAUAGAAUAAUCUUCAUAGAAUUCCAAAACAAAAUUUUACCAAGUGUCUUAGAACAUCCGUCCUCAUAAUUUUAUUGAUAUAUCACUACAUGAAAUCAUAUAAUAAAUGUUUAUUGUUGUCUAUCAUAUGUACAUUAAUUCAUAAAAAGCUAAAUGUUAAUGAUUUCCUUUUUUUUUUUUUUCUAUGGGGAGAAGUGAAAGUAUUUCUUAAUCCCACAAUAUGUCAGAUAAAAAUGAGGAAAUCUUUCCUUUUGUCCUGUACCUCAAUACAUCUGAAUUUAUUUCUCAUGCUUCUUCUUGUCCCUUCCACCUCUACCACCUACAGCACCAACAUCAUUACAUUCUUGGGAAAACAGAAAAGUGCCUUUUGCUAUUUCAUAGGCACAGGCAUGGCUAUGUGGUAAGAAGCUUGCUACUCAAUCACAUGGUUCCUGGUUCAGCCCCACUUCAUGGCACCUUGAGCAAGUGCCUUCUACUAUAGCCUUGGGCUGAUCAAAGCCUUGUGGGUGAAUUUAGUAGAUAGAAACUGAAAGAAGCGUAUCAUAUAUAUAUAUAUAUAUAUGUGUAUGUUUUUUGUGUCUGUGUUUGUCCCCACUCCACUGCUUGACAACUGCUAUUGGCGUGUUAAUGUUGCUGUAACUUAGCAGUUUGACAAAAGAGACUGAUAGAAUAAGUACUAGGCUUAACAAAAAAUAAGUACCUGGGUCAAUUCAUUUGACGAAAACUUAUUCAAGCAUGGCCACAGUCUAAUGACUGAAACAAGUAAACGAUAAAAGAUAAAAGAUCCGUUGACUGUUAUCAAAAUUGACUCAAAAUAAUGUGCUGCAAGUUUAAAAUUACAAGAUCCAUAUAAUGACUAAAAUAUACGAUGUUGUAAAAUCAAGUUCUAUAAAAAAAAAGGGGGGGGGGAACAAGAAUUUAUAUCUAAUUCAGACAUGUUGUUUUAAAUUCAGUUUAUAUUUAGCCAUAAUACUAAAGAAAAUAUACUUUAUCUUUAUAACACUUUGCACAAUUGAUCUAUGACUGUUCCAUCAUCCUCUAUAUCUUUUAAGCUCUGUAGAAAAGUUUUUUCUGAAAUAGAUUAAAUUAAUGUUUAAGCAGUCAUCACUGUAAUCUUCAUGAUCAUCAUCACCAUCAUAAUUGUUGUCAUCAACAUUAUCAUCACCAUCAUUGUCAUCAUUAUCAUCAACAGUACCAUCUCUAUCAUUACUGUAUUUAUAAUCCUUUUGAUACCAACUUGUCUGUGACCACCUCUGGUUCUAAGAUACAAUACUUCAUUUUAAAGUGUUUAUAUUUCAACUAAAAACUUCUCAUUAUUAUUUUAUGUGAAAGUGAUAAUGGUUCAGGUUCCAAACAGCAGCUUUUAAAAUAUAAGUUAGUUAUGUUACUAAAGCUUUUCGAAUUCUUGAUUAUUAACAAACAAAAAGGUAGUGUAGAUCUUUUGUAAAUGAAGAGAAAAAAAUCAAUGUCAUGGAUAGACAGACAGACAAACAGACGGACAGAUGGAUGGAUUCAUGUAUGCAUGUAUGCAUAUACAUAUAUGUGUGUAUGUGUGUGUUUUGUAUGUAUCUGUCUACAUCUCUCCUUAUUUGCAAUUCUUUCGGCCUCUUUUUAUUUAUAUCUACUUCUCUCUCUCACUCUUUCCCUCUUCCAUUCUCCAUAUUUGUCUCCCAGCUCAACCUCACUUUUCUUUAUUUCCUUUUUAUUUUUCCCUGUCUUUCUCUUUUAUCUUUCUAUCAUCCUCUCUUUCUUUCUCUAUAUUUCUCUGUACCCUGUAACACUACUAGCACAGUGCUGUAUCCAUGUAAAGAGACUUAACUCUUUAACAUUCUCAACAGCUCAGUUCACACCUAGCAGUAAUACAAAUUUAACAAGUGUUUCUUUUUAGCUCUUUUAAUAUUCGUUCAACUUUUCCUAUAUGAGGUCUGUAUAUAUAUAACAACUUGGGUUGAGCCAAGCAAUCUGCCAAGUUGAUUUGCCCUAGAUAAAAUCAAACGAUGAAUCUAGUGGUGGUACCUUUAUGAUCUGAUAGGUGAUAGAGUUCACCAUAAGAUCAUUUUGUAAUCUGUCAGAUUCUGCAGUGAGUAUAAUCUCUUUUUGCCAGCAUGGAGCCUUAAGUUACUGGCAGUAGAGGUUGUUUUUACUAUAUUGCAGUUUCCUUUCAUUAAAAGUCGUUUUGUCAGAUGAGCAAGGUGCGAUUUCAGCUGAAAUAUAAUUCAACUGAACUUAUUGAUUUUGUUGUAGAUCUAGAUACACUUUUCCCAUGGUAAAUUAAUCUUAAUCAACAAUCAUAUUUCAGGCAGAUAUUUCCAAUAGGAUUGAUUAACUUUUAUGUCAUUAUUUGAUUUUGUUCUGCUAAGACAGCUUUGACAAGCGCAAUAACAUGUCUGUAAAAGGGACCAUAUAUUUCAGUCUUAAACCUUUUCCUACAGCAUGUCAACAAUGAAAGAACCUUCACAAAGUCACUCAAUUUCCUAGAAAUAGUAGCCAAAUCUUCCUAAAAUUUACAUUUUAUCGCUGCAUUUCCUAUCAUUAUACUUAUAUAAAUAUUAAUGUAUAUUUAUUAAUCAUUUUAUUUCUUUUUCAUGAAAUUAAAUUUCAUAAAGGAUGAAACAAAUCAUAAAGUUGGCUUUAAAAAGUGUGGUUGCUUAAAUCUAUCAGAUGUGACAAAGGCUUUAGAAAUUUUGUCUUAACUAAGACCCUGUUUAGACCAGAUUCUUCAACAAUCCUCACUAAGGUUAGUUAUUUUUCUUACUGGGCCUCCUUAAUACUUGCCAAUGGCAGGGUUUCCUUACAUUAGAGAAUUCUAUUCAUGUAUAAUAAACUUAUGAAUGAAGAAUUAAACAUGGAAAAUAUAUUUAUAUAUAAUUAGCCUAUUUAUUAUUUAUCAUGAAUUCUUGUGGAGACCCUAGUGACUUCUUGUGGAAACCUAAGGUACUGGGAAACUCUGGUUGGGAAGUGUUGCUCUAUUAUCCUGAAAGAAGAAAAAUAAUGCUGAAUAAUGUAGUCUUAGAAAAAUAAUUCUAAUAAAUAAAAAAUGUGAAGGUCAAGGUUAAACAUUUUUGAUCAGAGGUCUAUUUGAUCAUUAUUAGCCUAGGUCUACCUGUUCAUAGACUACUUCAUUAUGGUUAACCUGGGUCUAUUUGAUCAUAGGUCUACUUGAUCAUGAUUAACCUCGAGCUAAACAACAAAAACCACAAAAGAAUACAAUAUCAAACAAUGAUGUUUUACUUCAUGACACAGAUCCAUUUUAUGAGAACCAUUUGCAGAAAUUUGACCAUUCCAAUAGCCACAUUUUGGAAAAUCCAGAAAAUACUAUAAACCCAAUUUAAGAGCAUCAGACAAAGUAAAAUGCUGAAUUUAAUCCUUAAUAUUAUUUAAUUUUGUACAUCUGUUUUUGUGUUGAAAUCCUGCCAAAAAUGGCUUACCAGGAUUUAUAAUAUAGUACCAGCAAUAUACUAGCUUUGAUUCAAUUACAUGCAUCUUCUAAUUCUUCAAAGAUUGGGCCAGAUCAGAAGAAAUCAAUAACUAACCAAGUCUGAAGUUCAGUAGACUAGUACUAACAUAUUAAUUGGGUUAUUAAUGGAUGCCCUGUCGCCAUGGGGUGAGAUGAGGGAUAGUGCAAUCCAUGUUCUUCAUGUUUUUUGUUUUUUUGUUUUUUUUUAACUGUUGGGUCUUAGUAGUGAGCUACUAUCCUGAUGUGAUAAAUAUUUCAUACAUUACCUUGCCACAUAAUAAUUUGUGAAUAGUUAAAGAUUUUUGAUAUUUUUCUAAUUGUCUGUUCCAAAACUUAACUAUUUUUUAUGUGAUGUCAAAUAGAGACAAACUUAAUCCAUACCAAUGUCACUUAUAGAUGAAAACCUAUUGACUGUACAAACAUUAGCCAGUAGUAUGUCAUAAUAAAUGUUGGUGUAUGUGCGUGUGUGUGUGUGCAUGUGUGCGUGCAUGCAUGUAUACAUGUGAGUGCAUGUGAUUUUAUGGUCUAAUAUGUUAGACUAAUAAAAUAUAAUGAAAUCCAAAUUAAAUUCCAUACUGAACAUUAUUUUUUGAAGUAGUUACUGAAAUAAACACACAUGUUGCAUAUUGAUAUUUUUUUUUUUUUUCCAUCUUUAUAAAACAUUUUGUGAAAUAUAUAGAUAUAUACAUGUAAAUGU